GGCUGCUUCAGCAUGAGGAUCAAGAGCCCCGUGUUUGAUGACUCCAAGCGCAAGAGCUCGUGUCCCUGUGCUGAAGGAAGUGAAGCGGUGUCCGCAAUUGCAGAUCUGCUCUUCAGACCAGGAUGCUGUGUUGCCCAGUCAGUCUCCUCCUCAGUGCAGCAGCCACUUGCAGUUAGGAUUCGAGGUGGUUCUUCUACCCGCCCUCUCUCCACUUAGGUUUUGUUUCCUCAAGCAGUGGACACAUUCCUGCCAAACCCAGUGUUGUUUUUUAAUUUGGAGAGAGCAUACAUAAGACUGAACAGAUGGCUGAAAGCAGUCAAGGGAAGACUGUAACAUGUUUCUUGUGCUUGGCCUCGUUUCAAUCAAGCAGUGGUGAGGAUAUUUGCCCCUAUUGCAAGCAAGACCCCAUGGGUUCUGGGAGAGCGUUACCAGCGACGUCUGAGCAAGCAGCCAGGGACAGCACAGCCCCCCUGGAUGUCUCCUUGCCUCAUGUCUUGAAGGAAUCAGUUUCUGUGGAGGAGAUGCCAAAGUCGGAGCUAAGAGAACCCUACAGAAAAAUGUACCCGCAGUCAACUCGCAGCCACAGCGCGGAAGUCAAAAUCCCUCAUACGCGCGUGAGUGAUGGAGCUGCUAUCCAGGAAAUCUAUUCUUUUGGAAGGAAGCUAGGACAAGGCAGCUUUGGGGUGGUGAUAGAAGUGAAACACAAAGGCACUGGCAAAAAAUGGGCCAUUAAAAAGGUGAACAGGAAAAAGGCUGGAAGCUCUGCUAUGAAAUUACUUGAACGGGAGGUAAACAUCUUAAAAAGAGUGAACCAUGAACAUAUAAUACACUUAGAAGAAGUGUAUGAGACCCCAAAGCGGAUGUAUCUUGUAAUGGAGCUCUGUGAGGAUGGAGAACUUAAAAACAUUCUUCACAGUAAAGGACACUUCACAGAAAAUGAGACACGGCACAUCAUUCAGAGUCUUGCUUCAGCAAUAGCAUAUCUGCACAAGAAAGAUAUUGUUCAUAGAGAUCUAAAACUGGAAAACAUUUUAGUUAAAAGCACUGACAUCGAUGAAGCAAAUGAAAUGAAAUUAAACAUAAAGGUGACGGACUUUGGUUUAGCUGUGCAGAAGGCAGGUGGGAGUGUGUUUCAGUCCAUCUGCGGGACUCCUAUGUACAUGGCCCCUGAAGUUAUCAGUGCCCAUGACUACAGCCAGCAGUGUGAUGUUUGGAGCAUAGGUGUCAUUAUGUACAUGCUACUGUGUGGUGAACCUCCCUUUAUAGCGAGCUUAGAAGAGAAGCUUUUUGAACUAAUAAGAAAGGGAGACCUGUGCUUUAAAAAUGCAGUUUGGGAAACAGUUAGUGAGGCUGCAAAACAAGUAUUGAGACUACUUCUGAGAGUAGACCCUGCUCACCGAAUCACAGCCAAUGAAUUGCUUGAUAACCAGUGGAUAACAGGUGACACACAUGCUGUCCAGAGACCAUGUAAUGUCUUGGAGUUGAUGAAGGAGUGGAAUAAUAAUCCGGACAUCAGUGAAGCGGGCAGCAUGGAGGAGGACUCGAGUAACCCAGGCGCUGCCUGCAGGCAGAGCGGAGCCCAGGAAAGCCCGGCCAGGAGCGGUGCCGACGCGGCGCCUGGGGCAGAAGCUGCAGCAGAGGAUGGGGCUGCAAAACAGUCCCCUGCAGGCAGGUCAGCAUCUCCAGUAUCAAUUUCAAAGCGGAAUCUGGAGUGCCAAGAGAAGAGGGGAGAAUUGGACACGUCUGCAGGGCCUUCAGCCCAGGCCCUGGGAAAUAAAGCUGCACCAAAGGCUGCUGCCGCACUCAGAGGCAAAAAGAAAUCCUAGGACAGGCUCCCGCUCUGGGGGACUUCAGAGUGAACAACUAUUUCUUGUGCCAAAAGGAGCAGACUUUCUAAGCACGGACAAGUAUUUCCUGAACUGUUUGGCUUUUUAUUUUCCUGAACCCUUUAAUCAGAAAGCUUUAGCUUUCCUUCAACACUGAAGAAAAUCUAACAGCAGUGUGAACUCCUAACCUGUAAGAGGACAUCCGCUGAUGGUAUUUUUUCAAAGUACAAAUUAUAGAAUUGUCUAAAAAUGUAUGUAAUUUAUUUGUUCUCUUCUAACAGGCACCAUGCCAGGUAGGCAGUCUGCUUUCACAAAACCAUUUUCCUGUGUUUUACUUGCAUUUACUUUCUUUAGUUUUGUCGCAAACAUUUAAGGGGAAAAAUGAGGAUAGAAUCUGUAAUAGGGAUUCCUGAUAACUUUGUGCUUUGUACUAUGAGAAUAUUCUAGGAAAUUGCUUAUAAAUUUGCUCUAGGCAUUACAGCACAAGUGCUCCAGUCUGGAAUUUGUUCUUGCUAUUUUCAGUUGCUGUCAAUUGCUUAUUUUUAAGCAGAACUUAUUUUAAACUUGACAAAUGGGAGGUGUAUUUUUAAGUACAAUGGGAUUGCUAUGGUUCUCGCUACAGAAUUUCU